AAACUAUUUCUCAGUAAAGAACCUCUCAUUAACAAACUACUGCACAUGCACAAAGACAACUACAAACCUUCAGACCUGAUCAAUGAGACAAUGGACUUACCCUCUGUGACCACCCAGCCUCUUCCCUUUGGUCUGGAGAGGGAGAAACAUAUUGACAUGCUCUUCAGAGCUUUCCACAGACAGAUCAGACCUACCACAGACACUCAGGAUCUUUCACUCUCUUCACUGGCUGUAGGACCUGAGACCGGGAACAGAGUAGAGGAUGACAAGGCGAAAGCUGGAAGGAAAGAUACAGACAGUGAGGGUAAAAGACUGGCAAAACUAGCUGUUCUGAGAACAGUCACUCGACUCCACAUUACUGCCAGACCCGAGCUACAAGGUCCACGGUGUGUAUCCCGAAGAACCUACAGCAUCACCUCGGAAACCAGAGAUCAGCUCUUUGUGGCUGUGGAAGAGAGCUCAUGUGUUUGCUUGCAGUGCUGUGGCCCAGCUCGUUCCUGCUCACUACAAGGCUUUGAUAAGGAUGCAGAGUGCGUCUUUCUGUUUGAGAAACCCCUGAGGGCGGAGAUGUGCUGGCUUGGGUGCUGCCUGAUGGAAAUGAGGGCUUACACACCAGACAGGGAACUCAUUGGGACAGUUCACCAAAGGUGGAGUAUGUUCACGCCAUAUUUUGAGGUCUGUGACUCAGAGGGCAUCUCGCUUGUGAGGAUCCAAGGUUCCUGCUGUAAUACACGCUGCCUUGCUGAACAAGAGCUCCAGGUGGUGUCCAGUAUCGGUGAGAGCAUUGGGCGAAUAUGGAAGAGGUGGCCUGGAUAUAAUGAGGAAUGUAACAUGGAUCAUGAUUUCUUUGGACUGGAUGUACUUCAAGGAAUGAGUUUGAACACCAAAGUGUUGUUGCUAUCUGCAACCUUUCUCCUGAAUCAUAUGUUUUUUGAAAUGAGCUGAGUGGAUAGAUCUCUCAGGGAGUUCAAAAGCAAAAUUUGGAAGAUUUCAGACUUUACUUGCUAACAUCACCUCUGACUAAUUGGAGAACUGCUUAAACUCAGCAACAUAAAAACAGCGCAUGACUCAUAACAAGAUGGAGCACACUGCAUCAUCAUGUUUCUAUGACAACCACAAUGAACAUGAAUGGGUGAUCCUUUUCUGAGCAAACGGCAGUCUGUACACUUAACAGUGUACAUCAAGAAUCACUGUACACAAGCUUCUUCACACCUUUGAAAAAAAAUUAAAUUGGCUUUAAAUGUAAUGUAAAGUACUCUAGAGUACAGAAUAUAGUAUUGUAAUAGUAUAUUGGAGUGGUGAUGGUGUAGUGGCUAAAGCACAGGGCUGUUAAUCAGAAGGUCCUUGGUUCGAACCCCAUCGCCACCACCAUUGUGCCCUUGAGCAAGGCACUUAACUCCAAGUUGUUCC